AUGAUCAUAUAUAUAACAUUGCAAGCCGGGAGACGCAUCGUCACCGCCACCGCCGGCGGCCAGGUGAUGGCGCAGUUCACGGUGCGGGUGCCUGGCGCCGGCGUGGAGGAGGCGACGGACGCGGUGACCAUCGGCGAAGCUCUACAGGUGGACCUCGUGGACGCGGCUGCGGUGCAGGCCGCCGAGACGCGUGCCACGGGGCUGGGCGGCGUCAUCCCCGGCGGUGUGGCGGCCGCGGCGCAGCAGGCCGCGGAGACCAACAUGAGGCCCGGCGUCGUAGAGGAGGAGAAGGUCCGGCUGAGGGACGUGCUGGACAGCGCCGCGGCGGUGCUCCCGGCCAACAAGGUGGCCACGAGGGAGGACGCCGUUGCGGUGGCCACGACUGCGAACCGCAACGCCCCUGCGGGAGGUGGUGGGGGAGGCAAGGGCGUGGCCGACGCGGUGGCCGCGGCCGCCGAUAUGAACGAGAAGAGGAUGACGCGCACCGGGGGAACAGUGGGGGAGACGACCGGGGCGAAUGCUUUGCAAAUUUUUGGAGCUGCCAAAAGGAUUCUGUAA